AUGCCUUCCGUAACGGACUACAAAGCGUACCACAUCUUGAGUUAUGGCUCCUUCCUUGGAGCCACGCUCUUCCAAUCCUUCAUCGGUGGCGUUGUUGCGUUCAAGGUCCUUCCGCGAGCACAAUUUUCGACUCUGCAGAAGGCCACUUUCCCUGUCUUCUUCGCCCUUCAGUCUGUCCUCGGCCUUGCUCUUAUGGUCACUUAUCCUGGCGAGAAGUUGCUUGGUGUUGGAGGCCAGUACCUCAGAGAGAACACUGGCUUCAGUGGGCUGUUAGUAGACAGCAAUAGAUGGCCUGUGUUUGUGCCACUUGCAACCAUCUUUGUUACCAGCGUCUUCAACUCCCUGAUCAUUGGUCCUGCCACAACCAAGACCAUGAAAGAGCGUCAUCACCAAGGUAUGUGGCGAAGAGACUAUUGUUUCAAUUUCCAAACUGAUGCAUACCUUUUAGAAACUCGUGAUGGCAAGAAAUACUCUGAUGCAGGUCCGCACUCCAAGGCAAUGGAACAGUUGAACAAGACCUUUGGCAUUCUGCACAGUGUAUCGACAAUUAUCAACCUGACCGCAUUUGGGUGCGCCAUCUGGUACGGCUUUGUCUUGGGCGAGAGACUGUAG